UACGUCACUUCCGCGUUGACGUUUGUGUAGGUUUUUAAGAAAAUAGCGGGUAAAUGUUGAGGAGCUACCCAGCUACCGUAUGGGAGCUACAGACUGAGAUUUAGCUCAAGAGAGGUCUGACAGUGUGAGCCCUUUUGUCUUUUGGAAGCACACAGCUGUAAACAUGGCGUGUAAACGAGGAGCUCUCAUAGUCCUGGAGGGGGUCGACAAAGCCGGGAAAACCACCCAGUGUAAGCAGCUCGUCCAGGCCCUGCAGCAGAGCGGCAGACCGGCCGAGAUGAUGAGGUUUCCCGACAGGACCACCACCAUCGGACAGCUGAUCAGCGCCUACCUGGAGAAGAAGAGUGACCUGGAGGACCACACGGUGCAUCUGCUCUUCUCUGCUAACCGCUGGGAGCUGGUACCUCUGAUGAAGAGGAAACUAGAGCAGGGGACCACCCUGAUCGUAGAUCGGUACGCCUUCUCUGGGGUUGCUUUCACCAGUGCCAAGCCAGGAUUCAGUCUGGACUGGUGCAAGAACCCUGAUGUGGGACUUCCAAAGCCGGACCUGGUCAUGUUUCUUCAGCUCAGUCCAGCUGAAGCGGCUCUCAGGGGUCAGUUUGGAGAGGAGAGAUACGAGACCAGCACUUUCCAGAAGACUGUCCAACAGAAGUUUGAACACUUGAUGAAGGAUCCGUCUGUGAACUGGCAGGUCAUUGAUGCUUCUCAGAGCGUUGACCAAGUGCAUAAGGACAUCAAAGCUCACAGCCAAAAUGCGAUCAACACAGCUCAGAACCUGCCGAUGGGAGAACUCUGGAAGUGACCUCAGACCUGUGUGAGGGACACUGCUGCUUUUAGACAAACACAAGAUGUGCUGUGUAGUGACUCAAUGACUCUUCUACACACUGAACACUUUUCUCGCACCCUAUUUUUGUAUGUUAUUGCUAUUAAACACAUCAGUGGUACA